UUUCCUUUAUUAAACAAAAAAAUUCGCUAUACAUUUCCAUCCAUGAUUUUGUCUCUCUCCUCUCCCUCAAAUUAUACGUACUCCACCUUCUCCACACUUCCCCUUUGUUCUUCCUCCUUCCCGCACACAACCGCGCUCCACAACCCCGGCGUCAUCGCUACACCCUGACGCUGUCGAACCACCGCCUCCAUCCGCGCCACUUGCAAGCUGCCACCCAGCCAGCCGCGCCACCUGCACGCUGUCACUCAGCCAGCCGGUUUCUUCCCUUUGUUCUUCCAUUUUUUUCUUGUUUCACCAUUGUUGCCACUUAGAAGCUUUACUUGUUUUAAUUUUUAUUUUUGGUUUUAAUUAGUUUAAUUAUUAUAUAUGUAGAUGAUAAAAACACAUGAAUUUAUCAAGAAACUAAAUUAGUACUAUUGUGGUUGUUUAAAUUUGAAGUUGCAAGUUUUAAUUUUGAAGUUAAUUUUCAGAUUAUAAAGGUGAUUUUAGGGCUUUUAAUCAUAAAAAUGAAUGUUUCUUUGGGUUUAUGAUAAGUGACUACUAUGUUUAUAUGAUAAUUUAGGAAAAAUUGAAAAUAAUAGUCCCACCCUCGACCUGCUCAAAACGAGCCAAGCUUUGAGUAUUCUGGGAACGAGCCUAUCUUUACCCCCUGUUUUCUCAAAACAAGCUUUUUUUAACCUAUAACCUGUUUAACAGGUUAAUUUUGUUAUUUUUAAAACUUUUUUUAGUUUUUCCUUUAAUCUCUCUUCUCCCUGCCUACCACCACAACACAACCACCUUCUUUGAUAACCACACGCCCAGCCGCCUUCCUUGGCACCCCCACCCUGGAAUCCACCCCGAAAACCCCACCCCUACCGAAAAAAUCCAACUCAGCCACCCCAAAAACCCCACUCCAACCCAAAACAUCACCAGCCACCUCGAAAACCCCACCCCCACUCCAGGAAACCCCACCAGCAACCACAGAUUCCCACCCCGCCACCCCGAAAUCUCCCUAGCCACCUCGAAAAAAGCAGCCCACCCCAUAAACCCCACCAGCCACCACGGAUUUUCACCCCCACACUCUGACCUUCAACAAAGCAGCCCUUGCUUCCCACCAAUAAUAGCAACAACCACCAAUUUCAUGCCCAAACCAGCCACCACGACGCUGCUGCCACCCCUCGUAACUCCCUUGCAAAUCCAUCAUUUUAAUUUGACCUCCAACUACAUCAUUUUAAAAACAUGGUGAAUUGAGUAAAAAGGCAAUACUUUCUGUUAAGACAUCAAUUUCAUAAUGAUGGGCUGCCAGGGAAGGGGAAGGCAACGCGUGGAAGGGGCAGUCGUACAGGCGGGGGCGGCGCUGGGGGCAUGGGGCGGGGACGGGGGCAGGCAGGGCAGUGCUGGGGUGACGGGGAAGAAGGGGGCUAAUUUUUUUUUUUUUUAAAAUUUGUUUUGUUUAUUUUAAUUAUUUUUGUUUUUUGUUUUUUUAUUAUUAAAAAAAGACCAAUUGGAAAGUGACACAUGGCAAGUCAACUUCACAAAUUGGUUACCAAUUUAAAAUACCGUUAAAGGCUUAUUUUGAGAAAAUAGGGCCAAAGGUGGGAUUGUUCCCAAAAUACUCAAAGGUUGGCUCGUUUUGAGAUAACUGUAGCAGGUCAAGCAAAGGAGGAAUCUUUGUAGAAAGCGAGUCCUAGUGAAUAAGCGGCCUUUCAAGUUUUCAGUUCAAGGCCUAGGAGGAAGCUUUGUAGAAAGCGAGUCCUAGUGAAUAAGCGGCCUUUCAAGUUUUCAGUUCCAGGUGGAUUGAGCAAAGACAAAGCUGUUUGUGCUUCUUUGUUUCUCUAAAAGUCUAAAUUGUUGAACCUCCAUCUCCCGCUCUAGAUUUUGAGACAAGAAGCUUUGAAGAUGUCGCUAAUUAGGGUUUUGGGAAAAGCGUCGAGAACUGCGACCACUCUGUGCCAAAACUACUUUAUAUCUCCCUUUCAUCAGCACAACUAUCAUCAUUGUAGUCACUUCCAUUCUCUCCCCAACAAGGAAUAUAAACUGUUAGCUGCUGCUCAACAACGAUUGUUUUCUACGUCUAUUUGUGGAUUAACUAGGAUUCUUGGUGGCCCCUGCAAUAAAAAUGUCCUUGACAAUAUGUGGUUGCAUCAUGGAGUUUCAAAUGGAGUAUUUGGUGCUAUAAGAUUGAUUCACGGCUCAGCUGUUAUGUCAAAAGAUUAUUACGACAUCCUCGGUGUGAGCAAGAACGCAACUCAAUCUGAAAUCAAGAAAGCUUUCUAUGCGUUAGCAAAAAAAUAUCAUCCAGAUAUGAAUAAAGACGACCCCAAUGCUGAUAAAAAGUUUCAGGAGAUCAAUAAGGCCCAUGAGGUUUUGAAAGAUGAGCAAGAACGUGCAGCUUAUGAUCAGAUGGGCCAUGAUGCCUUUGUACAAAGCAAAGAAACUGGUGGUUCUGGUUCAUAUGGGAGCAGUGAUUUCCAUUUUAAGGAUUUUAAUUUCAAUCCUUUCAAUUUUUCUGACAUUUUUACACAAAGAACGGGCCAAGAUGUGAAGUUAUCUUUAGAGUUAUCCUUCAUGGAAGCUGUUCGGGGAUGCUCCAAAACGGUGAAAUAUCAAACAACUUUAAACUGCGAAGCUUGUGGGGGAACAGGUGUUCCUCCUGGAACCAAACCUGAGACAUGUAAACGAUGUAGAGGAAAAGGCAUGAUGUUCAUGGAAAAAGGUCCAAUUGCCUUUCAGACUACUUGUAUCAAUUGUAAUGGAACUGGGAAAACAUAUACGACAUAUUGCAAGUCCUGCAACGGUAAUCGAGUGGUACUGGGAUCAAAGUCUGUUCGACUGGAUAUUAUUCCUGGUGUGGAUGAUAAUGAAACUAUCAAAGUCUCUAGAAGUGGUGGGGCUGAUCCUGAUGGGUACGGGCCAGGUGAUCUUUAUGUUAUCAUUAAGGUCAGAGAAGACCCAGUUUUCCGAAGAGAAGGCUCUAACAUUCAUGUUGAUGCUGUGUUGAGUAUUACCCAGGCAAUUUUGGGUGGGACAAUCGAGGUUCCAACUCUGACCGGAGAUGUUGUUCUUAAGGUUCGUCCUGGGACCCAACCAAGUCAGAAGGUUGUGCUGAAGAAAAAAGGGAUUAAAGCAAGGGGCUCUGCCUCAUUUGGGGAUCAGUUUGUGCACUUCAAUGUCAGCAUCCCAAAGAAUUUGACCCCAAGACAACGGGAACUAAUAGAAGAAUUUUCCAAAGAAGAGCAAGGAGAAUAUGAUAAAUGUGCAUCAGCUGGGACCUCUAGAUAAUUUGGGUUUCCAUAAACAAGUAGCAAAAUCUGAAUUGCAUAAUCUCAGGCAGCUAAAGAAAGAGUAUAGUUUUCUGUUACUCCUGGAUAGUAUCUAAUUUACAUUUUUAUUUUUGCUGGAGGGGUUGGAAAUUGUUUCGAGGUUGCUCUUUUUGGGAGAGUGAUAGGAGAGGGGGUGGCCGAAUUUGAGCUGUAAAGAUUAGCUUAACCUGUUAGUGAGCUGGAAAUUUUUGUAGGAAGUAAAAACUUGAUUAAUUUGACACUGUUUUGUGCAAAUAAGAAAUGGGCUGCAUUGCCAGGUUUGUAUAUAUUCAGUCUUAAUGAAAUACAAAUUUACGAUGUCCCUUUUGGAGUUUA